CAGAAUGCAUGGAGCUGUUGGCAUCCUCGUGCGAUGUUUGGAGCCUCCCUUUUCUCCUUCACAUGGACAAAAGAGCUUCCUGUUGACGUGCGCGCGACCUGACAAUAGAGUUUCUUCAGUCGUUUCGAUAGAAAACAGAAACUCGUCAGCAUCGGCUUCUGUGAGGAGAAACUUUACAUCCGAGUCCGAGGAGGAAUGCAGUUCAGAUCUGUUGUCGUGGUGUUUUAGUCGGUAAAUAACCGUAUUUCUCCGGUAUGGCGGAGGCACGAGCUGAGGAGGACGAGGAGCGUCUGCGCGCGACACGGAGCGCAGAGCAUUCAGACAGAAACAAACCUGAUCCGCGCCACUCCAGCCAAGGGCCGCUUUCCUCCAUCACAGCUAUCAUCAAACGCACAUCAGCGAGAACGAGCUCUCCGAGUGACCCUCAGCGAGAGCGCAGGCGUCCACAAAUCACCAUCCUCUCUGCUGAACCACUGCUGUCCAAUACAUGGUUCCCAGGGGAUUCUGGGGCCUUUCCUCCAGCCCCGCCCCCGGCCCCGCCCACUUGGGCUGCAGGCUCGGCGACAGUGCAGCUCCCGCCUCCUUCCUACGAGCAGGUGAUCCGAGAAAAGAGCCGUGAGCAAAGUCUUCACCCCUCCGCCUCGUUAUCUUCAUCUCCAUCAUCUCGUCACUCUACCAGCACCAUCGACACGCAGACACACAAAGACUCCCCCGGCCCACAAUCCUCUGCUGCUCGUCCAGGUAUGAAGACAACCAUCACCACCACUUCCACUCAGAUCAACCUCGAUUCCCCAGGUGACCCGAUAAAAGAGGCACCGAGCGUACGUCCCAGACCUCGGCCGCGCUCCAGAGUCGCCCUACGACCCAGCGAGGACGUCCUGGACCAGCCGAUGAUGAGGGAGGUGAAAGUUCAGACUCUUGUGCGUCUGAAGGAUGACGGCGCCGAGAACAUUUUCGCCGGGUUCGAUGAUGCUCCGUCGGACAUCUCCAGCAAAUACCUGAAAGACCUCCUGGAAGUGUUUGGUUUAGACGCAACACCUGUCCAACAUGAAGAAAGUCAACAAAAACCAUUAAAUAGACCAAAACCACGACCUAGAACUCAGAAAUCGAAAUCCCAGCUCGCCCUAAAACCAUCUGUCUUUGAGGUUUUUGAUGCCAGUGAAACUACUGUUGAGCAAAACCCCCCCAAACCCCUGAGUCCACCAGUACCAGCACCCAGACCCCUUCUGAACAAACUCCAGAGUCUACCAGAGUCCAGAUCUUCUCCAUCCGCCAAACCUUCACCAGCCGCCCGUCCUGACAGCACUCCUCCCGGGCAGCAGAUGGCAGCGGAGGUCUCCAGCUCGUCUGAGAGCAGAAAUUCAGAUGAUCAAGCUAUAAACGCUCCAGUGAAAACAUCAGCAGUGACUGACAAGAACGCUGGAAAACGUCCGUCAGUCCCCAAACACUCCCGACCUCCUCCACCUUUGCUGAGGAAGACACGGUCCACCUCACAGGUGGAUGUUUCCAGAGCUUCUGACACCUCCACUCCUCCUCUCCCUUCAGGCGGAAGACUCCUCCCACUCCGGCCUCCUCCAAUCAAAGUGACCAAACCUUCAGGCUCCUCCUCCUCCCCCGCUGCGACCAAUCAGCUGCCAGGCAGCAGGGUGCCAAAGCGAUGCCCGCCCCUCCCACCCCGACCCAAACCAGGACAUCCACUUUACAAGCGCUAUUCUAGCAAAGCUCUUCAAGGAGAAGCAGAGCUGGAGAAUAUCAGCAAAGAGCAAGAAGAUCCAUAUGAGGAAACAUCUUUCCAUGAAGAGCAGCACCUGAUUGUCCUGGAUGAUGCAGUCCCACAAACACAGUUGAACACACUCCAUGACCGCUGGCCCUCAGAGGUCAAAGGUCAAGAUGUGACUGACAGUGGGCUUCUGCUAGACGACGAGCCCUCAGAGCAGCAGAUUCAACAAAACCUACAGAAUAGGUGCGUCGUGGCCCGUUUUAGAUUUGAGGGGAAGGAGGGGGAGCUGUCCUUCACUGAGGGUGAUGUCAUCACUCUAAUAGAAUAUGUAAAUGAGGAGUGGGGGCGUGGCCUUCUGAACGGACAGACCGGAAUCUUUCCUCUCAAUUUCAUCCAGGCUGUAGAGGAAACUGAAGCAUUGCCAAAAAAAACGUCUUUGGAAUCUGGCUCUGGUAAAUAA